AUGGAUAAAGAUGUUGCAUGGGCUAGUGUAGGUGAUAAGGGUAAGGGUGUGAAGGAUGACACUUUAGCUUUUCAUGGUACAAAUGAAGAUGAUGUGCAUUCCAACUAUACUGAUUUAGAUGAAUUAUGUAUUUUUGAUGAUUCAUCUUCAGAGGAUGAUGAUGUCAAUGUGAGGAAGCCAAAGUUCCUUGAGUUUAGAGCUUCCACUGACAUGAAAAACCCAUCUUUCAAGGCGCAAGAACAGGGUCAAAGUGGAGUGACUGCUGUAGGAGCAAACACAGAUGGAGUGAUUGGUCUAGGAGCUGGUGCAACCAAUGUUUCAAGUAUGAGAGAUAAGUUGGCUGUGAAGAGGAACAAAAUGAAUGCACCAGCCACAACACAAGACUCACAUUCUGCAGGACGAGCUUAG